GUGAGCAGAGCUAUAUCCACUGAUAACCCAGCUGCCGAGGAACUGAGUAAAGCCGGCUCCAAACUUCUCAGCUGUUGACAGGCUUGACUUGCUGAGAACACUGGUUAAAUAUAGCACGCGCAAGCCAGCUCCUCAACAAAGUCAUUGCUCUGACGGUGUUGUGAAGGGAGCAGAAGACGAGAAACCUAAUCUCAGAACCCAACGACACCUAGCAACAGUUGAAAAAACUUUUAAACAAAAGUCAGGGUGGGAGAUACACAACAGCCUCCAAUUUCUGCUGAUCGGGAUUUCAGGGAGAAGAAGCUGCUUUCCUCUUCUCUCUACUCGGUUUCCUGCAUGACUUCAGCUAUUGGCUAGUCCUAGGAAAGAAAGUGGUUAAAGCUUUUUCCUCUGUAUUCUUUUGGGCUGGAUAGUUUUCCAGGACUCCAGUCUCUCUUGGGCUGUGGGACAAGCCACUGGGUUCUUCAAAGAAUAAGCUACCUCCAUAAAGGACAUAACCUUGGUUAAACGAGCUGCCUCAGGUGGGAAUGAGAUCCCGAAACCAGGGUGGUGAAAAUUCACCCAACGGGCAUAUCUCCUGCCCUAAAUCCUCCAUCAUCAGCAAUGCUGAUGAUAAAAGUCUCUCAGAAGAUGCAAAAAAGAAGAACAAAUCAAAUAGAAAGGAGGAUGAUGACAUGGCCUCAGGAACUGUCAAACGACACCUGAAACCAUCUGGAGAAAAUGAACGAAAGAAUAAGAAAUUGGAGUUAUCCAAAGAAGACCUCAUCCAGCUACUCAGUAUAAUGGAAGGAGAGUUGCAGGCUAGGGAAGAUGUGAUCCACAUGCUGAAGACAGAGAAAACCAAGCCUGAGGUUCUGGAGGCUCAUUACGGGUGUGCGGAGCCAGAGAAAGUGCUGCGGGUCCUGCACAGAGACGCCAUCCUAGCCCAGGAGAAAUCCAUAGGAGAAGAUGUCUAUGAGAAACCAAUUUCAGAGCUGGACAGACUUGAGGAAAAACAGAAGGAAACCUACCGGCGCAUGCUAGAGCAACUGCUGCUGGCGGAGAAGUGUCACAGGCGCACCGUGUACGAGUUAGAGAACGAGAAGCACAAACACACCGACUACAUGAACAAGAGCGAUGACUUCACCAACCUGCUGGAGCAGGAGCGGGAGAGGUUGAAAAAGCUCCUUGAACAAGAAAAAGCUUACCAAGCCCGCAAAGAAAAGGAAAAUGCUAAGCGGCUCAAUAAACUAAGAGAUGAGCUGGUAAAACUCAAGUCCUUUGCACUCAUGCUGGUAGAUGAAAGACAAAUGCAUAUUGAGCAACUUGGCCUGCAAAGCCAGAAAGUACAGGAUCUUACUCAGAAACUGAGGGAAGAAGAAGAAAAGCUCAAAGCCAUUACUGCCAAAUCCAAAGAAGACAGGCAGAAAUUACUCAAGUUAGAAGUGGAUUUUGAACACAAGGCUUCAAGGUUUUCCCAAGAGCAUGAAGAGAUGAAUGCUAAAUUGGCUAAUCAAGAAUCUCACAACAGGCAACUUCGACUCAAGCUGGUGGGCUUAACUCAGAGAAUAGAGGAGCUAGAGGAGACCAACAAAAAUCUCCAAAAGGCAGAGGAAGAACUUCAGGAAUUAAGAGAUAAAAUUGCCAAAGGGGAAUGUGGCAACUCCAGCCUCAUGGCAGAAGUCGAAAAUCUCCGGAAGCGCGUGCUUGAGAUGGAGGGUAAAGAUGAGGAGAUCACGAAAACGGAAUCCCAGUGCAGGGAAUUGAGGAAGAAGCUGCAAGAGGAAGAACAUCAUAGCAGGGAGCUCAGACUUGAAGUUGAGAAGUUACAGAAGAGAAUGUCGGAGCUGGAGAAAUUGGAAGAGGCAUUUAGCAAAAGUAAAUCUGAGUGCACCCAGCUACAUUUAAAUCUGGAGAGAGAGAAGAACUUAACUAAAGAUCUGCUAAAUGAAUUGGAAGUGGUCAAGAGUCGAGUUAAAGAGCUGGAAUGUUCUGAAAGUAGACUGGAAAAGGCUGAAUUAAGCCUAAAAGAUGAUCUUACAAAGUUGAAGUCAUUUACCGUGAUGCUGGUUGAUGAAAGGAAAAAUAUGAUGGAAAAAAUAAAGCAAGAAGAGAGAAAAGUGGAUGGGCUCAAUAAAAAUUUUAAGGUGGAACAAGGAAAGGUUAUGGAUGUAACUGAAAAGCUAAUCGAAGAAAGUAAGAAGCUUUUAAAGCUGAAAUCUGAAAUGGAGGAAAAAGUAUACAAUUUGACAAAAGAGAGAGAUGAGUUGAUAGGCAAAUUGAAAAGUGAAGAAGAAAAAUCGUCUGAAUUAAGUUGCAGUGUUGACUUAUUAAAGAAGAGACUUGAUGGAAUAGAGGAAGUGGAAAGAGAAAUAACAAGAGGAAGGUCUCGAAAAGGAACCGAGCUCACUUGCCCAGAAGAUAACAAGAUUAAGGAACUAACACUUGAAAUCGAGAGACUGAAGAAACGUCUCAAGCAACUGGAGGUGGUCGAAGGGGAUUUGAUGAAGACGGAGGAUGAGUAUGAUCAGCUGGAGCAGAAAUUUAGAACUGAGCAGGAUAAGGCUAACUUUCUCUCUCAACAACUGGAGGAGAUAAAGCACCAAAUCGCCAAGAAUAAAGCCAUAGAGAAAGGUGAGGCUGUGAGCCAGGAAGCUGAGUUGAGACACAGAUUUCGGUUGGAAGAGGCUAAAAGCCGGGACUUAAAAGCUGAAGUGCAAGCUCUUAAAGAGAAGAUUCAUGAAUUAAUGAACAAAGAAGAUCAGCUUUCUCAGCUCCAAGUGGAUUAUUCUGUCCUUCAACAAAGAUUUAUGGAAGAAGAAAAUAAGAACAAAAACAUGGGACAGGAGGUCCUCAAUCUGACCAAAGAGUUGGAGCUUUCUAAGCGUUAUAGCCGAGCUCUGAGACCCAGUAUGAAUGGAAGAAGAAUGGUAGAUAUACCUGUGACAUCGACUGGAGUACAAACUGAUGUUGUCAGUAGUGAGGCAGCAGAGGAAGAAACACCAGCAGUAUUUAUACGAAAAUCCUUUCAAGAAGAAAAUCAUAUCAUGAGUAAUCUUCGACAGGUGGGAUUGAAAAAGCCUAUGGAACGAUCCUCUGUCCUAGACAGGUAUCCUCCAGCAGCCAAUGAGCUCACUAUGAGAAAGUCUUGGAUUCCAUGGAUGAGAAAAAGGGAAAAUGGGCCCUCAAUCACUCAGGAGAAAGGGCCUCGAACAAAUUCCAGUCCAGGGCACCCAGGAGAGCUGGUUCUUUCUCCAAAGCAGGGCCAGCCCCUGCAUAUUCGAGUGACACCAGAUCAUGAGAACAGUACUGCGACUUUGGAGAUAACAAGCCCAACAUCUGAAGAGUUUUUUUCUAGUACCACGGUCAUUCCUACAUUAGGGAAUCAGAAACCAAGGAUAACCAUUAUUCCAUCACCAAACGUUAUGUCUCAAAAAUCAAAAAGUGGAGAUAGUACUCUAGGCACAGAAAGAGCCAUGUCCCCAGUCACAAUUACCACAUAUUCCAGAGAGAAGAACCCAGACAGUGGAAGAGGUGCAUUUGCAGACAGGCCCACAUCCCCCAUUCAGAUAAUGACAGUGUCUACAUCAGCAGCUCCGGCUGAGAUUGCAGUCUCUCCUGAAUCCCAGGAAAUGCCCAUGGGAAGGACUGUCCUCAAAGUCACCCCAGAAAAACAGACUGUUCCAACUCCAGUACGGAAAUACAACUCCAAUGCCAAUAUCAUAACCACAGAAGACAAUAAAAUUCACAUUCACUUAGGUUCUCAGUUUAAACGAUCCCCUGGGACUUCAGCUGAAGGAGCAAGUCCAGUCAUUACUGUCCGACCUGUCAACGUGACAGCUGAAAAGGAGGUUUCCACAGGCACUGUCCUUCGCUCUCCCAGGAACCACCUCUCGUCACGACCUGGUGCGAACAAAGUGACAAGCACUAUCACCAUAACACCAGUCACAACCUCAUCUACUCGAGGAACCCAGUCAGUGUCAGGACAAGAUGGGUCAUCCCAGCGGCCUACACCCACCCGCAUUCCUAUGUCAAAAGGUAUGAAAGCAGGAAAGCCAGUAGUGGCAGCCCCAGGAGCAGGAAAUCUGACCAAACUCGAGCCUCGAGCUGAGACUCAGUCUAUGAAAAUAGAGCUGAAGAAAUCUGCAGCCGGCAGCACUACCUCUCUUGGAGGGGGGAAGGGCUGAGGGCAGUGGCUGAGGGGAAAGCAUCAUCAUUCACCAGUUACGUAUGAACUCCAGAUGAAAUGGUAAACCAAGCACAUACUGGGUGUGUGUACUUCCUCUGAACCCUGUUGAAGGAUAGUAUUUCUGCAGCCCUCCAUCAUCACUAAGGUCCUCCAUGCUACUGAUCACUACUGGAAAUAGUUUCCUACUUACAGUGAAAUUUUUUUGAGGAUGUAUUGUAAAAGCUGACAAUGGAGUUGCUGAUAAUAUGAAAAUAGGUAGCAAGAGCAAUUCAAUCCUUAUGUCAAAAGAAAUUUCCUUCUGCAAAGCUUUCAGGUCCAUGGGCACAUGCUAUGUAACUUAUUUUUAUAAUACACUUUGUAAUGUGAUUUUUUUCCCCCUAAAGUGUUUCCUUUUUCAUAGUCUAUGGCACAUAUAUUUGUAGAAUCCAUGGUCAGUUCUUCAAAAUAUUGGUAUUGGUGCAUUCAAAACAGUAACCUCUAAUUAAUUAUUUUAUCAAUUUGUUAUUUCUGAAGAAAAGAAAGUACAACACUACAUUUCCUGGGGUAAAUUCAAGACAUAAAAUUGAGACAGGAGAUUCUGGAAGAGGUUUUAUUAUUGCUUGUACCAUGUUGUGAUUCUGAUGAUGGGUCAACACUAACAAAUAAAGUUUUGAUUUAAAGUUCAAUUGUAAAUACUUAAAGCCAGUUUCUAAAGUUGCUCUUUCUAUCAAUAGCUCUGUGCCAAGAACUCUGGGUGAAUUGAUUUCAUUUGGGACAAAUUAAUAAAAGAUGAGAUGUAUGAGUUUAACCUGUAAGGAUUAUAGGAACAGCUUCAACUGACAGUUCAAUUAAAUUUCUGUUUUCAUUAUUUACUUAUAUGUACAGGACUUACAUACAAUAGGAUAUCAAGAAUAUUUCUCACAAUCUACCUAAAUGAAAGCCUGAAAAUAAAAACUGAACUAGAUAAAAGUAUCAACAUCCUUUUUAAAAUGAUAAGAGAAAUCCCAAGACAGAUAACUUUUUUUUUUCUUGAUAGAUAGCACUUGGACAGGUUUUCAGAACCACAUAUAGACUGGAGAAUAUAUUCUUUAAAGAUAAGAAGCACACACAUUACUCAAAUCUCAGUGUCAGAGCUGCUGUUGAAUUUAGAUUUAUGUGAAAAUGUGCAUCUAAAGUGUACUUGAAACCCUAAUAAGUUUUUUUAAAAGACCUUGUUAAUGUAGACAUGUUUUCAGUAAGUUCUUUAAAGAUAAAUGAAGAUUUGACACAUUGGUUUCUGAACACAGAAAUCAUAUACCAUGUAUUUCAUCUGAGAUUAAAGAAAGUAUGCUUCUGAGUGUCACGAGGAUAACUAAAAACCACACAAAUAAUACUGUUGGCCCAUUUCUCCAGUUCUACAGGUUGUACACAGGGGACUCCAUAUUGGGUCUCUGGAAUAGAAAAAUGUAUGUUGGAUUUCUCCUCUAUGUAACUUUAUAAGGUUUUAAGGUAUACCUUGUGGAAUUAGCAAACCAUAUUCAGUAGGUAUUACAAAUUAAAUAACUGUAUUUUAUGUAAAAUUAGUUUUGAUUUUUGUAAGUAAAAGAAAUGCUACAGUAGGCUUGUCCUAGCUUGAAUGAUUGUGAAUGCAUCACAUAACCUGCAGGGCUUUUGAUUACAGAUUGAGAAAACUAGAGUGUAUAUGUGUGAAGAUUAAAAAAAAUGUUAUGGAUUUUGUUUUCUGCAUCGUUUCUGAACUAUAAUGACAUUUUCAAUUAGAAAAGGGUUUUAUAUAGUGUUGUUAUAUUUUUUCACUCACAGUGCAGUUCUCUAUUUGCCAAUGUUUAUACUUCUGAUGGCAAAAAUAUUCUGAUAUAUCACAGAUUAGCAUUUGAAGUAAAUAACUUUUUUUCAACUUAUGAGGAUUUUAUUACACUAAUAGUGAAAAGUCUAGAAAAUAAGGCUUUAAAAACAUCUUGACUUUAAAAUAUUAGAAGUAAUUUACAUGUAUUUCGGUCUAAAGUUUUCUUUUCUCCUGAAUUUAUAAUGAACUUUGGUACUUGCAAUGCAGAGUAAGGAUGAUGGUGCAAUCAGAAUCAUUUAGCUGGACACUGAGUUUUGCCCUGACCAUGCUAUGAUUAAUUCCUCUGUUUAAACCCAAAUGGAGUCAGAGUGACAGAUGAGUAAAAUUAGUAAAAAUUAAUUUAAAAUUUUUUUCAAAUAAAAUAGAAUGUUAAAAACAGCAAACAGAAAACACCAAAGAGUUAUGUCCUUAUCUAAUGAAUAAACAAACAAGAUCAUAAGUAGUCAAUAUACCAAUAUCCACAUCCAAUUGAAAAAAUUGCCCCCACGUGCAAACCUGGCACCAUUCUAGGCUCACAUAAUUUCUAUAUCUUUCAUUCUAAGUAAAUCUCCAAUCAUACAUAUGAAUGAGAAUCAGUUUUGAAUGGAAUAAUAAUUUUUUGAAGUAUAAUCACAAUUGGUAUUUCCAGUUUAAGGCACAAACUAAUCCAUUAUUUUACCCUUUUAUUUUUGAUAUGUGUUUUUGAGGGUAUCUUCUACAGAGAUUUUUUUCAAGUAUUUCAUAAAACAUUAGGGUUUGAUGAAAAUAGUGGGUAGAAUAAAUAUUCCAAAUGUUAGAUGCCUGGAAUGUUUACAAAAUGUGAAGAAUUAAUUACAUAGUAGGACAGCCAUAAAAAAAAAUUCAUGGGUGGAAUAUCUAGAUUAAGCAUUAACAGAGACACCAAUGCUAUUGACAUAAUUCACAGCCUCUAAAAAUCAGUGGCAGAGCAAGAGUAGGUGGUAUAUAA